AUGUAAACAAGUUUACCAAAAGUAAGAUUACAAAGUGAAUAUCCAAUAAAGAAGGUUGUAAGUCCAUUGAUUGAGUUACCAGCUGAAUUUGUAUUAAUCGAGAAGGCUGGAUAAGGUAGUUUUGGAGAGAUUUAUAAAAUCUAUAAUACAAUUACAAAAACUUUGCAUGCAUGUAAAGUGGAAUUUAAAGAUACAAGACAAUAAAAUUAAUAGUCAUUGUUAGUUAAAGAAUACAAUACAUUAGUAUAGUUAAAAGGAAUAUAAUAAAUUCCUUAACCUUAUCAAUUAAUUUAACAGUAGGAUUACAAAUUGAUAAUAAUGCCAUAUUAUGGUUAAGGUAAUGGAAUUAUUAAGUUAAGGUAAUUUGGAGGAAUUACGUAAGAAGUAAUUACAUGAGAAAUUCUCUGAAACAUGUAUAAUUAGAUUAGCAUAUUGUUUGAUAACAGCAAUAGAAGCAGUUCAUGAAAGAAAAUUUGUACAUAGAGAUAUAAAGCCAGAGAAUUUCUUAGUUGGAAGUAGUGGAGAUCAUCAUACAGUUUAUUUAAUAGAUUUUGGAUUAGCCAAGCCAUAUUAAGAUGCAUAAGGUAUUAAAUAAGAAGAUUUAAAUUUAGGAAUUCAUAUACCUUAAGCAGAUAAUAAGGGAAUGGUUGGUACAGCUAGAUAUACAAGUAUUAAUUCACAUUUAGGUGCUGAGUAAAGUAGAAGAGAUGAUUUAGAAGCUAUGUGUUAUGUUCUUUUAUAUCUCUAUAAUGGUUAAUUACCAUGGCAGAAUUUUUCAUGUUAAACGAGAUAAGAAAAAUUUUAAAAGAUUUUAGAAGCCAAAUAAAAAUUUGCUGCAGGUUAAUUAGAAAUUAGUAUCCCUCAUAUUAUUAAAAUAAUUUAUGAUCAUUCUAAAGGAUUAAGAUUUGAUGAAUAACCUAAUUAUGCAAAAAUGAAGGAAUUAUGUAAAGAAGGACUUAAUAAAAAUAGUAAUAUAUAAUUAAAUUAGGACCUUAUUGUUUUGAUUGGUGUGCAUAAGAUUGCAAAUUUAAACCUUUUGAAGACAUGAAUGAUGGAUUUAGUGAAUUGGCAAGUGAAUUUUCAACUUUUAGAAAGUAACAAAGAGGAUAAACUACAGAUUAAAUAAGCACAAAUAUCAAAAAGAUAUAACCAUUCUAAUAAAUUAAAGAGGAAGAUGAAGAAUCUAUUAAUGAACUUCCUAAUAUUCAAAAAAUUACCAAGUUUUAUUAAAAUAAAAAACAUUGA